CACGCCGCGACGACUUUAAGCCCUUGUCAGCGUCCGGAUCUCGAGGUGAAGACAAGUCCUGUUGACGAGAGGUGUGAGGAGCCCGUCGACGAUGUCGAGCGUCCUCUGAUAGCCGCGCAGGAUCCCGAAUCACGCUGAUUGCCACGAAACCGCUUAACAACCGGCCGCGAAAGAUAAGCGUCCUUCUUCGUGUCACGCGACCGACGAUCUCUUUUUUUUAUUUUCUCGUUAAUCGUUCGCCACGUGCCAGAUCGUUCUCGACGGGGGAAAUUGGGCAGAUUGAGACUGUAAACAAAAGGAAAGGCCGCGAGUUGUUCGUCGAUCAGUGAUUGUGAUCCGAGCGUGAAAUCGAUCGAAGGGAAUUUUUAUCGUUCGCGCCAAGUUUCCCCGAAGAAUUCGAAGUCGUAGACAGGAGACUUCGACGGAGUUGUUGUGCUUUGGAGUGAUCGGAAACGAGUGCUCGAGUUUAAGACACCCGGGGGCUCGCAGGAACGGUUACAAAUGGUGAAUCAGUGAGAAGAGGUGUUUCCGUUGUCGAUGCUGUCAGAAAAUCGUUGAGGAUGCAACAGCAACACGAACCGCGGCACGACAUCGUCGCAGAUUGCUGUUAUCAGCAAUGGACGCAUCAUCAGACCCACCACCCGGCUCAGCCCAUGACGAGCGUUCCAUCCCCUAUGCAACAGAUGGAAGCGUGUUUGCAGACCGCGGGAAGGGUGAAACGGUCCCGUAGUCCGAACAUGCCGAAAACCUCGAUAACACCGCGCGUCGUUAAUUCGUCGAUUUCCUCGACGACUCCCACAGAAUCGCGGAACGAUAGCAACAACAACAAUCGCCACUACGGUGAUCACCAUCCGAGGGAGAAUGGGGCAAACGUGACGGAAGAAGUCGGUUCGAAGAGGCCUCUUCAUUCCGCUCUGGUCGGUGCCGGCGCCGCCCUCGAGGCGAAACCGCUCUGGGAAGAAUUCCAUCAAUUAGGGACAGAAAUGAUCGUCACCAAAGCUGGAAGAAGAAUGUUCCCUACCUUCCAGUGCCGAUUUUUCGGUUUGGACCCCAAUACGGAUUACCUGCUGGUGAUGGACUUUGUGCCCUGCGACGACAAGAGGUACCGGUACGCUUUUCACAGCAGCGCCUGGGUAGUAGCCGGUCGCGCGGAUCCGGUAUCGCCGCCGAGGAUACACGUGCACCCGGACAGUCCUGCGAGCGGCGCUCACUGGAUGAAACAGCCCGUCUCGUUCGACAAACUGAAGCUCACGAACAAUCAGCUCGACGACAACGGACACAUAAUCUUGAAUUCCAUGCACCGGUAUCAGCCACGAUGCCACGUGGUGGUGGCACCCUCGCCCCCCGGUUCCGGUCCGGAUCCCCGCACGGAGAACUUCAAGACCUUCACCUUCCCGGAGACGCGAUUCACCGCGGUCACGGCCUACCAGAAUCACCGGAUCACCCAGUUGAAGAUCGCCAGCAAUCCAUUCGCGAAAGGGUUCCGGGACUGCGAGUCGGACGAGUGCGACUCGGUGACGGUAUCCAGUAUGCAGAACCCCGCGAAGAGGCCCGCCACCGGAAGCACCGGCGUUCUGUCGUCGAGUUACGUGAACGCCAUACCAACGGUGCAGAUCCCGGGUAUACCGAGCCAGGACCAUCAUCAGUUCUACGGGGCCACCGCGGCAGGACCUUGGGCUUAUCCUGCGCAUCAUGCGCAACCAGCCGCGCACAUGAAUUCCGUUCACUAUCCCGCGCAUCCUCAUCAUCCUCAUCCCUCCGGGGCGUCGUUGUACGGUCCACGAUAAUUCGUACUUGGAAACUUCCUCUUCGAGAAUCUUCGGGUGAACUGAACGCGAACCGUACACUAAAAAAGGUGAAAUCUUUAAUAUUUUGUAGGGUUUUACAAUUUUCGUACGACGCCAAAAUGGCGUGUAAUAGCAUAGAACGCGAGAAAGUGCCUUACGGGAGAAAGUAAUUGCAGGGAACGUUCGUGAAAACUAUACCAAAGAUAGUACCAACUAAGUUUAAGUAUGUAAUAUAAAAAUAACUUAAAUUAUACUCGUAACCAAAGUGUCUUAAUACGUAAGGUGAAAAGAGCGAUUUUAAUCCGGGGCCCUACCUAGAUAGAAAUUUCUAUGGCAACGAUAGUUUUUGUAUCAUUGAGUCGUAACUUGGUAGGAUCCAGGGUUAAUUUAACACGAUGUGGACCGUUCUUUCGAUUAAUUUCUUGUUACGCAAGAUCUCUCGGUAAACCGUUAUUGUAUUUACAGCGUGUACUAUUUAUUUAACAGAUACUUAUUCCCAAUACAUUGUCGUACUUGAGAUAUGUUACCGGUGACGAAGAUACUUUUGUAAAUGACCGUUUACCGGAAGACCUUGCAAAGGUGCAAAGAGAAGAAAAUCCGUGGUUGGUAACGUCGGUGUUCAGGAUGAUCGAAUCGCGCGAUACAAAUCGGUUGUUGGUGUCGUAGGUCCGUAGCACGACGGUCGAAAAAGAAAGUGCCUUUUGUAGGAGCAAAGUGCAUCUAUUUAUACAAGGUGUCUGAAAUGCCAAACGAGCCUAAAACGCUCUCGAGCCAAGUCGGGAAAGUAAACGCACCGUGACAACCCAUGAGAGAGCUUGGCCGCUAAGUGCCUUAAUAAAUUAUCCCCCAAGUAUCGUGUGCCAUUGUGUCUCGGAACUUUUU